ACAGGCGGCACCGUCAGUGCCGGUCGGUAACGGGCGGUCCGGUGAUGACGAUGAUGAAGAUGAAGAAGGAUCUUCAGCUCGGUGGUAAGGAAGAAAAGAGCUCCUGUUUCCUCCAUCUCCAUCUUCCUCUUCAUCAUCCCUCCAUCUUCAUCAGCUGCUGCAAAGCGGGUCUAAACGGCUGCUCCCGGUGCGUGCGCGUGCGCGUGUCUGUGUGUUGUCGGUAUUCUGUGAUUUUAACGGGAUAACACGGUUUGACAGUGAUGAUGAUGAAGAUGAUGAUGCAGCAGAAACACACCUUCUGAUCCUGUAUGUGUGUGUUCGUGUGUGUGCAUGAACGCACGUGCGCACGCACGCGCACGCUGCCGUUAACUUCGCCACCGGUGUGUAAAUAUAGAAAUCACUGCGUCAGAGUGACGUAGAGCCGCAUUCCGCCACAUCUUCAUCUUCAUCUUCAUCAUGCACCUGAGUGGCAGCAGAGACACGUGACCUGCUGCAGGUGAUGACGGCUGGAAUGGUUAUGAAUGCUGCCUUCAAAAUAAAGGUCACAUGACUUCUCAUGGAGGAUGGGCACUCAGCGUUGAGGUCUGAGAAGAGGGAUCAUGGGAGAUGGGGGACCCCUGCAGACCGAGGGGAACGCCCUCCUCAAAGCCGUCUUUCAGGGGAAGCUGAGGUUGACCCGCCUGCUGCUGGAGGGCGGAGCUUACAUCAACGAGGGCAACGAGCGUGGGGAGACGCCGAUCUCCGCCACCUGCUUGGCGAGCUAUGACGACCCGCAGACCCGGCAGAGGAUGGUGAGGUACCUGCUGGAGAAAGGCGCCGACCCGAACAUCCCCGACAAGAGCGGGAGGACGGCGCUAAUGCACGCCUGUGCCGAGCAGGCGGGGAUGGAGGUGGUCUCGCUCCUGCUGGAAAACGGGGCCGAUCCGAGCCUCAAGGAUUACUCCGGCUCUUCGGCUCUCGUCCACGCCAUCAACAAGGGAGACCGCGACACCCUGCAGGUGCUCCUGGAUGCCUGCAAAGCAAAAGGCAAGGAGGUGAUCAUCAUCACUACCGACACGUCUCCUUCCGGCACCAAGAAGACCAAGCAGUACCUCAAUGCCCCUCCAUCGCCGUGCAUCUUGGAACAACUGUCACCGACCUGCAUGUCUCCCUCCGAGGUGGAGAUCGGCACCUCCUCGCCGUUGGGAGACAAGAGCAGAGACGAGGAGGGGAUCUUCAGCUUCGCGCUCACCUCGGCGUUGCCUUUACCUUCGGCUCGACCUCCGGGAGAAAAGAGGCCGCCGCCACGCAAGCUGCUGAAGAGGCUGAACUCGGAGCCCUGGGGCCUGGUGGCGCCCUCGGCCCUGAUCGGGGUUCCUCAGGAGAGGUUGGACAGCGGCCUACAGGAGGAGGGAGGAGGCUGCGAUCUGAGCAGGACGAUCGCCGAGAUUAACGGGCUGUCCAUCGCAGAGCAGGUAAGACCUCGGCUGUCACGCCGGCACAGCAUCGAGACCCAUGACCCCUGCUCCCCCAAACUCAUCGAUCGGUCCUGCUCCGAGGACUACGCGGCCCUGUCCGGUUCCUCCUGGGCCGACAAAGUCCAGCAGCAUCAGAUCCUGUACCGUAGGAACACAGCCCCAGAGUCCCAGGAGAAUGCCGGCGGCCCCGGUGCGGCUGCUGCCCGGGCCCUGGCUCACCCCAAACUGACCCGGAUGGAGCAUUACGAGUCGGACACUCACCUCAGCCCGGAGUCCAUCCCUGGGUCUCCGGACUCCGGUCGGGUGUCUGUGGAGCGGAGGAGGUACAACGCCUCCCCCCUGUCGCUGGUCACCAGCUCCUCCAGGGAGUCUCUGGAGAACAUCCCCAACUCGGUGUCCCCCAUCAGCGUGCGCAGGCGUCCCCCGGGGCUGCUGGAGCGUCGGGGCUCCGGGACCCUCCUUCUGGACCACAUCUCCCACACCAGGCCCGGCUUCCUGCCGCCGCUCAACAUCAACCCCCAGAGACCCAUCCCCGACAUCCGGGCCAACGGCAAGCCCACCUCCCCCAUCCACUCCGGGCACAAGAUCCUGGUCCCCGUGGCCCCCGCCUCGCCCAAACGGGGCCCCGACUUCAAGAUGAAGAAGAAGCUGAUGAGGAGGCACUCGAUGCAGACGGAGCAGAUGAAGCAGCUCUCCACCUUCCAGGAGAUUCUGGCCGAGAAGGUUGUCGAGUCCCACGGGGAUUGACGACGGGAGGCGUCGGAGCAAAGCAUGAUGGGUAGCUGCAGAGACUUUCAGGGUAGUGAUUUACUGUGAAGCUUCUCCAUCAGAUCAUCAUCUCACUGACGACCUCAUUCAAAACCACCAUGUCUCCAUGGAGGGCUGCACUAACAGGUUAAAUCAACAUAGAUGUCACCAAAACAAGACUUCAGGCCCCUUUAAGCUCUUUGAACUCUUCAGUCCUGUCAGAGUCCCCCAGAGUCUCAGGACCUGAACCUGAGUCCUCUGAAGCUUUUCUGGGUUCACAAUCCAUUUACGUUCCUGAUGCUUCCUCAUUUCAUCCCCUCACAAACUGAUGAAACUAUUUAAAGAUUAUAAUCCGACUGGUUCGAUGUUUACAGAUGCACAAUUUGCACUGAGGUCCAUUUGUCUCACAUGAACCUUCUGCUGGAGCUGAAGUUUAACUGAUGACAUUUGUUCAUGAACAUAUUUAUUUGAACCAUAAGCUCCUGUUCUGAUUGAAGAGUGAUGACUCCCUACUGCGCUGCACGCUCUACUUACUGGUCUACUUGGUAUUUCUGUGUAAAUGAAGCAGAGUUCCUCUGAAUGAACCGUCUUUAUUUUACCGUCUGAAACGUAUCAACGAUGUUUCUCCGGUCUUGUGUUGAUAUUAACGUGUUUUUCUUGUUCAUAAAAUUCCAAAGAAAUCGUGCUGAGACUGUAAAUACUGUAAAGAUGAGCGCGUCAACCCUGAAGCACUUCACGUGGUUGGACUCAAGAGGGCGCUGACGGACCAUAAAGAACAGCCCCACCUCGGAGGAGUGUGUGCCCACCUCAGAGGGAGCGUUUCGAUUGCCUCUAAACGGCUCUCAACAUGGCAACAGCCUAGCCGGCGGCUAGCCGCUAACAGCUAACAGCGCACUAAUCAGUCAUAAAUCUGUUUCCUCUAAAAUGUUUUUAUUUAAUAAAAGUUACUAAAGAGGAAAGAUAAAGCUCUCCGUUAGCUUAGUGUCACGCUAGCUCGGCCGCGGCUUCCUAUUGAUCGACUAUAAAUAAUACGAUUGGUAUUCAUGUGUCUUUGUUCAACAAAGUUGAAUUUGAUUCAAAAUAAUGUGUGCAGAUUUACUUUUGGCUGAAACUACAAAUCAAAGCAAUUCCUUCUGAAUUAAUUUAGUCUCUUCCAGAUAUUUAAUGUGAACUAUUUCAUGCUAACUGUUUCUACACCUCAAUAAACAACUGCAACAUCUAGCUGCUAGCAGCUGCUAACACCAGAAUGUACGUCUGUCAGCACGAGAUACAACUAUUUGAUUUAGCUUGUUGCUAGCUCGCUAAGUGCUAAGAGAGCCUCUGUAACGUCUGAAGCUUCAAUAAGUUCUAAUUACA